AAGGUUAGAUUGGCUGAUCACAUUUUUAUUGGUUACUAGCCACAUUAAAUCAAAUGAUCUUACUGUUUUUAGGCUUUUAGGCUACACCGAGAAAGCUGGCGAUUGGAAAGUUAUUGAACAGCCGAUUAGUGCUGGUAGCGGAUGCUCUGUUAGCGAUAUCUGCAUUGAAACUUUUCAAGAGCUAAAGUUGAGGAAAAAGUACAAGGGGAUAAUUUUCAGGAUUGAAAACGAAAAAGAAAUUGUCGUUGAAAGCACCUCAGAUGAACCUGAUUUUGAUGCAUUUGCUUCUUACAUAAGCAGCAACUAUGAAGAUAAACCUCGCUAUGUGGUCUACGAUUUAGAAUAUGAGUUACCCGGUGGGGAAGGAAAACGCAGCAAAAUAAUCUUUUUCCUUUGGAAUGCGCCCGGAAGUAGAAUCAGAGAAAGAACCUUGUAUACAUCAUCUAAAGCUUAUCUGCGUCUUAAACUUACUGGUGUUUCAUCAGACGUACAGAUAAACGAUUUUGAUGAUUUUGCCACCGUCAAGGAGAAUAUUAUUAAUUCCAAAUAA